UUUUAGUACUGCUUGUCCAGUGAAUCAACAAAGCCAUGCUUGAUUUUGACUUUCAAAGGAACUACAUUGAUGUUGGAUUGCGGCUUGAAUAUGCAAUCCAUUUUGCACUUUAUGCCGCUUCCUAUGGUUCCAAGCAGCAAAUUUAAUUCCUUACCAACAUGGUUGCCGCGCAAUGACAAUCAGCAAGAUUGGCAACUCGAGGGAGAACUGAAAGAGUGUUGUGGUAGAGUGUUUGUGGAUUCGGCUCCAGAGUUUUCUCCUCCUUUAGAAAAAAUAAUUGACUUCUCGGAGAUUGAUGCCAUUUUAAUAUCCAACUAUACAUGUAUGCUUGCAUUGCCGUUCAUAACAGAAGGCACGGGAUUUAAAGGUAUAAUAUAUGCCACUGAACCAACGUUGCAAAUUGGACGGUUUUUCAUGGAGGAACUAGUGGAAUUCAUCGAACGGACUCCGAAGGCCACAAUGGCUAAACAUUGGAAAGAUAUGUUGCAUAUGUUGCCAUCUCCGUUAGCGGAGAUCAUUAAACCAAAAUCUUGGAAGCACAUUUACUCCAUGUCAGCCGUUAAUUCGGCGCUAUCAAACAUCCAGAUGGUUGGAUACGAUCAAAAAUUGGACAUAUAUGGCGCUUUAACAGUCACGCCAAUCAGUUCAGGCUUCUGUUUAGGUAGUAGCAAUUGGUUAAUAUCUAGUGAUCAUGAGAAGGUUGCUUUUGUCAGCGGUUCAUCUACAUUGACUACUCAUCCAAAACCCAUGGAUCAAGUCACACUGAAGCAUGCAAACCUGUUAAUUCUCACAGGCUUGACCCAGACACCAACCGCUAAUCCAGACACGAUGCUUGGGGAAUUAUGCAUGACUGUUGCUGUAACCCUCAGAGCAGGUGGAUGUGUUUUGAUUCCUUGCUACCCCUCUGGCGUCGUAUAUGAUUUAUUCGAGUGUUUAAGUACUCAUCUGGACAAGUCGGGCUUCACGCAGGUUCCUCUAUUCUUUAUUUCACCAGUAGCAGAAACAUCUUUAGCUUAUUCGAAUAUUCUUGCCGAAUGGCUAUCAACAAAUAAGCAAAACAAAGUUUAUCUUCCAGAGGAACCGUUCCCACACGCUUUCCUCGUGAAAAAUGCUCGAUUGAAACAUUAUACGUCUACGUACGCUGAAGGAUUCAGCAAUGACUAUCGGCAACCCUGCGUAAUUUUCUGCGGUCAUCCCAGUCUCCGAUUUGGCGAUGCCGUGCAUUUCAUACAAUUAUGGGGCAACAAUCCUCUGCACACAGUCAUUUUUACAGAACCUGAUUUUCCAUAUUUAGACGCCCUAGCUCCAUUUCAACCAUUAACCAUGAAAGCAGUACACUGUCCCAUUGAUACAUCUCUAAAUUUUACUCAAGCUAACAAACUUAUACGAGACUUGAAACCAGAACACUUAGUUAUUCCGGAGGUUUAUACGCAGCCUCCUGCAAUGGCACCGCAUAGAACAGAUCUUGUCAUCGAAUCCAUCGGGGAAAAACCCUUGAUUACGUUCAAACGGGGAGAAGUGAUAAAGUUGCCAUUGAAGCGAAAGAAGAGCCGCGUGUUUAUCGAACCGGAACUUGCUAGUAGCAUUAUACCAAGUGAAGUGCGACCUGGCUUGAGUCUCGCAUCUGUUACUGGAGAGCUUGAAGUCAAGGACAACGUAUACACCAUAAAGAAUAUAGAAGAGAGACCGAGUGGAAAAAGGAAAUUAUCAUCAAGUUCACCUGCGCCUGUGAAAGAAGAAGUAUUGAAAGAACGAAAACAUGAAUAUGGGAAUUUGGAUCCACAAGAAUUGCUGCAGAAACUCAAUCAGGAAGGCAUCCAUGGAGCUAAAUUACAGCACACCCCUACCUCUACGAGUAUUCACUUGCAAGAAGAGGAUACCUUGAUUCAAAUUGGAGAUAAUUCUACGCACAUUUUCUGCAAUGGUGAUCAAAAAAUCCGUAAACGCCUCAGAAAUAUAAUAAUGCAAUGUUUGAAAAGAUUUUGAAGUACAUACAUUUAGAGUAUUUUGACUUUAUGUAAGACAAUGUUUUUAUACUGCUACAUCAUAUAUAAUAACAUAAUUUAUUUUAAAA